AUGAGAAGAAUAUUGAAAAGGGAGGAUAUUAAUUUUACUCAGGGAGGAGAGGUCUAUAAAAUUGGCGGGAAUUCUCUUGGCGCCGCAUUCAAUCGGGCGCGGGUGAAGAAUAGGAAAAUGAUGCGUUUACUAACGCUCGCAGCGUUGAUUUUAACAAUUUCUCUCGCAAUAACAUUGCAAUAUUGCUCUGGGGCGAGUGUCAGGGGGCUUCAAAUGGGCGAAGAAGAGGAAGAAAAUAUUGGACCUCGCCAUAUUUAUCGCAACUAUGGACUAAGGAGCCAUUACGAUGCCUUCGAUGACUAUGGGCACUUACGAUUCGGACGAUCUGAAGACUGA